AACACUACCAACCUCUCUCUCUUCCUCUUCUCUUCCUCUUUCUUCCUCAUCACACAAUCCACCCUCUAUACCAUACCACCAACACCAGUUCCAUCAUGUACGGACCACGAGCAGCCACACGCGCGACGCGUGCAGUUCGCAGCUCUGCCACCUCCACCCGCUCGGCCACCGCACGCAAUGUGCCUCGACGGACCUUUGCAGACUCUGCGCCUUCACCAGCAGGGUCUGCCAACGCAGGCGGUGUCAGUCAUGGCGUUACCGGUGGGCUCAUUGGCGGCACCGCUGUGCUGGGAGCUGGCUACCUGUACUACCACUUCUCUGGCGCGAAAACUCUCGUCAACACUGCACACCAGGCCAAGAGUUACAGUGAUAGCGUGGCAGAUCAGGUCAAGCAGCAGCUCCAGGAGCUGAAGCCUGAAGGAGACGAUGUUCUAGGCGCCAUUCGCCAGGUGGCAGAAAAGUACGCUUCCUUCGUCCCUGGCGGCCGUCAAUUCGUGGAUACUUCUUUCAAGGACCUCGACGCGAUCAAGAGCAAGCACGAAAAGGAGUUCAACGAAAUUGCACACGCCACCUACAACGAGCUGCGAGACACCGCCAAUAAGAACGGUGCUAGCAUCCAGACGAUGAAUGACAUCUGGACAAUCCUCUCCAAGAGACUGGGACAGCUCGCCGAUCUUGCUGGAGAUGCCUCACAGCAGAUCUUAGAAAACCAUCCAGAGUUGAAGGAAAAGCUAGGAGGUCAAUUCGACCAGCUCAAGUCGCUCGGAGAUAGGCUCGGGCCAGAGGCCAAGAAGCAGGCAGAUGACACCUUCAAGCAAGUGUCCGAUAUUGUCAAGUCUGGAGCGACUCCUGAUGCUGCCACUCGUGCCUACAAGUUGCUACAAGAGAAGACACAAGAGCUGAAGAAGCUUGGUGACAAGAGCUGGGAGACGGGGUAUGAGCAGAUCAAGCCGUAUCUCGAAAAGAACUCUCAAGUGAAGGAUUUUGUCGAGAAGAACAUGGACGCGAUGAAAUCGGGCAAUGUAAGGGACGUGAUUGAGAAGGUGAAGUCUGCAGUCCAGAGUGGGAGUACGAAGGACCUCGAGCAAUACGUGCAGGAGGGCAAGAAGAAGGCUGAUCAGUACACCAAUGGCGGCGUCUCCAGCUGGCUCGAGGCUCUGCCCAAUGGAGGUCAGAUCUUGCCACAGCUGAUGAAGCUCAAAGAGGCAGCCGAGCAAAAGCGUCCCGAGGCGCAGAAGCUCGUCAAGGAGACGAUUGAUGAGAUUUCGAAAGUUCUGGAGAAGAAGUCCAAGGAAGCCGAGGAGCUUGCGAAGAAGUGAUGAUGAUGAUGAAGAAGAACGAAAACAGAGGGAGAAAAGCAGCCAAUGGGCAACUUGUACAGUAAUGUAUUAGACAUGGCCGCCAGUUGCGGCCUCAUGACUUGUAUGAUGGAAGCGUUUAUGGCAUGGAGUAAUAGCAGAAGAAAAGUUUGAAC